GACAUGAAUCUAUUCCUAUGUUUUUAGGUUCGUCAAUUGUUCCUUCAAGAACCGGCGGUAGGAUAAUAUUUUUAACUUUAUUGAUAAUGUCGAUGAUGAUUUAUAACUACUACACAUCUAGUUUAGUUUCUUCUUUACUGAGUAACGUUCCUCGACCAAUGAAAACGAUAAAGGAACUAUACGAAAGCGAUCUAAAGGUAGCUAUAGAGCCUUUACCGUACCUGUUCAGUUAUAUACUUCAACACAAAGACGAUCGUUUCAUAAGUUUAUUGAACAGGACGAAAAUCUACGAAAAGGGCGUUCUGAACGCCGCCACCGCCGUCCGGGGCAUAGAGAAAGUUAAGGGGGGCACGCACGCUUAUCUAACCGAAUUAUCUACGGCGUUUUCUUGUCUAGCUGAUUCAGAUCAGGACGUCGUGUGCGAUUUGGCGGACAUUAUAUUCAUACCGUUCGGAGAUAUCGGAUUGGUCGCUCAGAAACGUUGGCAGUACACGGAAUUGUUCCAUAUCACUUUGAGGAAAAUUUUAUCCAGCGGCAUUUUUCGAAGGAUCGAAGAUUUUUGGGUAUCGAAAAGACCGAAAUGUCUAAACAAAACGAGAAUUAAGGCAGUCGGAGUACCCGAGCUAUUUUUAAUCUAUCUAAUAUUCGUUAUUGGUUUAAUUAUAUCGUUAAUAAUUUUUUUAAUCGAAUCUUUAUUACAUAAAUAUCGUUAGAUGUACUUUAGAAUCACUAAUAUUGUUUCGCGCACUAAUAAAACACCCUGUAUAACGUA